AUGGAUAGUGAUAGCUCAUCCUCCUCCAGUUCGAAGUCGGAAACAAGCCCGUCCAGGGCGGCGCCAGAGGCAGUUGCAGAUGCUGGUAGGAAAAGGGUUUCCUCUAAAACAAAAAGAUACGCUUCGGCACCAAAGAUCUUUGCAACCUUCACCAACUGGGUCACGCAAACGCUGAGGAGUCGGGGCAUUCGAGCCUUGAUUUAUCUGGACGAUUUCCUGCUGGCCAAUCAGGAUCGAAUAGUCCUUCAAUCACAGUUCGUGGAGAGCCCAGAGCCGCUUCGCGUACAGUUAUCGCAAAUUGGGUGAAGAGUCUCAUGAAGAACGCCGGGAUCGAAGCAUCUGCAGGCAGUACACGGUCGGCGGUCGCGUCCAAAGACUGGCUACUUAAUUU